CUUCACACAUGCAUACAUAUGCACAUACCAAUCUCGCACAGCGAAGCUAAAAAAGCAGGUUCCAGACGUGCAGAGAAGCCAACAAAGUUUGCAGGACAAAAUGAUAACGUCGAAAUUCACCUCUUUGUAUGGUCGUUACCAUGCCAACUUCGCGAUAGUAAACCAUGGUUGUGGAAAGUGGGCUUCCCGCGCGUAAUCAUAGUUUUGUAAUUUGUGCAUAUGCAUGUGCGUGGUUUAUCAUGGGUGUGUAGCUCUCUUGUUCGGUAGAUCAUAUAAAGUCGUUGGUAUUUGACGCAUAGGAAAAUAGGUGUAAUUUUCUCUCUUCCUUGCAUUUGGUAACUGCGCUGCCGCGACGCUUCACUAACCACUACCAUGAUACGAUAACAUCAAUUGGUGAGAAAAAGGAAAAACACGACGACUUUGAUUGGAUUCCAGGGAUGGAUUGAAGAGGUGCUUGUGGAAACCUGCUAAACAAUAAUUAGGCAUUACCUGCUGUUCCUUUGCUAUCGCUUCAUAGCUUCUCCACACUCAAUAUUGGCAACGAUCGCCUCGAAACUACCUCGAUCUUUUACUUGCGAUGGAGAAGAGGACGCUCAUUGUGUUCCAAGUUGGGGAGUACGCGAACCGGGUUUGCGAGUGUAAAGAAAGAGGAGGAAUAUUGGAUGACGAGAAAAACGCCGAGAUGCAGAAGCAACAGUGGCAAAGUGAGAAAGACACUGAGAUGGGAUCCUCGCAAGAGACUUUGGUGGUAGGAGAUAAAGAUUUCGACGGAAAUAAGGAAGAGAAAGAUGAACAAGUUGCAAAAUUGCCAUUCACGAGGGCGCGGUGCAUCGCGCUUGUGAUGACUGUUACCACUGCCGCGUUUCUGAAUACAAUGGGUAUCCAAAGCGCAGUCAUCAUCCUGCCCGCAAUAGGACGCGAGCUAAACAUACCAAACACGCGUCAACAAUGGAUCGUCUCAGCCUACAACCUCACUUUUGGCUGCUUUUUGCUCCUCUGUGGGCGUAUCGCCGACGUAUACAGUAAACGCAGCAUCUUCAUAUGGGGGUCGGCUUGGGCGACGCUUACGUCCAUCCUCGUCCCUUUCGCACGGAAUGAGAUUGCAUUUGACGUUUUGCGAGGCCUCCAAGGUCUUGGGGCUGCCGCCAUGGUACCGACGGCUAUAGGAAUAUUGGGCGUCACGUUUCCGCAGGGCAAAGCGAAGAACUAUGCGUUUAGCUGUUAUGGGGCCGGUUCACCUUUGGGAACUAUCUUUGGGCAGAUCUUUGGGGGGCUUGUGGGCGAGUAUCUCGAUUGGAGAUGGGUAUUCUGGAUCUUCGGAAUCUUAGCCGCAUUAUGUACCGUCUCCAGUAUUUGCUUCAUCCCAACUCUUCCUGCACCAUCGGUCGCUGGUACCGUUACCACUUUGACUGCCCCCAGCACAACUCGCAAUUCCAUCGACUGGCUCGGCGGAGCUAUCAUCACCACCGGUCUUGUCCUCCUCCUAUUCGCCCUCUCCGAAGGAAACGUCGUCGGCUGGCGCACGCCCUGGGUGUCUACGAUCCUAGUCCUAUCGAUUCUUCUCAUCCUCGUCUUCGGCACUUAUCAGCACUGGCUCGAAACCAAAAUCACGAGGAACCCGAAUGGCAACAACCAACGCCCAUUGAUGAAGAUUAGCAUGUUCCGAAACGUGCGGUUUACAGCAGCCAACAUAGUCAUGAUGCUAUAUCUAUCAUCGUUCAAUAACUUCCUGAUCUACGCCAGCUUUUGGUUUCAAGAGUAUCAGGGGCUCUCCGUUAUCCAGACCACGUUACGUUUACUACCUUUAGGCGUAGCAGGAUUUCUAGUAUCCCUCCUAACCUCCAUUCUCCUCCCACACCUCCGCACCCGCACCCUUCUUCAAACAGGCACACUCUCCUUAACCGUAGCCUCCCUCUUAUUUGCCCUCCCGCUCCCUUCAAACCUCACAUACUGGGCCUACGCCUUCCCCGCCACCAUCCUUGCCGUCGUAGGCGCAGAUACUCUCUACCCAACCCUCACGCUCUUCGCAUCGCACUGUCUGCCGACGGAAGACCAGGCGCUGGGCGGCGCGUUGAUAAACAGUGCGGGACAGGUUGGACGCGCGAUUUUUCUGGCCGUGGGCACGGCUGUGCAGGCUGGUGUCAUGGAAGGAACGAGGUGGGGGGUUGGAGAGGAAGGACUGAGGGAUGGGAUUCGAGCGACUUGCUGGUUUGAUGUUGGAUUGGGAGGUUUAGCGCUUUUGGUGGUCGUGAUAUUUUUUAAUGGGAAAGCGAGGGUUGGGGGGAUCAAGGGGGGGAAAGUCUGA